AAUGUGUCAAAGUGUCAACAAAGAAGAAAAAUAGUUUAUCAAAAUCAGUAGGGAAAACUCGACAAAAAAGACCAAAAAACAGACGGAAACGCUGGCCUCAUCGUUCGAGCUUUGCCAUCUGCUCGGUUCCAUCGGGUGUUUCUGUUGAUUGUGGCAACAAUACAACCACGUGCCUGUGACCGUAUGGUAGUGCUGCUGCUGUUGCAAUGUGCGCCCACCUUGCAAGUUCUUCCGUGGGCAGGAUAAUGCAGGACACUCGUCGGUGGUUUUGGGCUGUGCAACGUUGGUAGGCUUGUUGAAAAAAAACGGGGAGAAAGCGAGACAAUGCAUACAUAAAAGGCGUGUUGUGCCCUGCCGAUCGGGAACAAAAGUUACACUGAAUGGCGAAGAAAACUCUUUGCGCUUUCAACGCACACUAAUGUGAACAUCCUCCUCCGCUGCCUCUGUCUGGCCUUAGCGAAGCAAAACAGCAUCAUCCAUCACCCAUCGUGCACGUAGCUCGUCCUUGCCGUUGGCCUUACGCACGCCUUCGAUCAUGUCCGGAAUGUACGGUCACAGCCGUGAAGCGGUGCGAGUGAAAGUGAAGAAAUGUGAGAAGAACGUGCCGUCGGAAACGAGGAAAUUCAGCGUCGAUCCACAAAUUACCAACCUCGAGGUGCUGUACUCGCUGCUUGCGAAAGCGUUCGACUUGAAAACGGACUUUGGCAUCAGCUACAAGGUGAUCGAAGCGAACGGGCAGGAAAGCUACCUGGUCGUACUGUCCGACUGGGACCUGGAAGCGGCCUUCCUGCGCGCCCAUAAUCAAUCGAUCGCAAGCAAGAGCGAACCGUGCUUGAACCUUCGCGUCGAUAUAAAACCCUUCUCGGAAGCGUCGGAAUGGGAUGGGAAUGGUACGGCGACGACCACGAGCAUACCGCGCGAGCUGGUCUCGCUACAGCAGUCGAUCGGCGCAGGGCAGAAGUAUGUGCAGAACAAGCUGCCCGGACUGAUCAUGAACCAGAUGGAGAAAACGUUCUCGAUGGUGCAGCGAGCGUUCAAUCUGGUCGAAGAUCCGCUGCUAACGCAACCGAUAAGGCCACCGCUGGCGGAUGCAGAGUUUCGCAAGCUGCAAGAUUCGGUUGGCCAAAUUUUAGCUCCCGAGCAGCUGCGUAAAGUGAUAUAUCUCGGUGGAAUCGAUCCUAGCCUGAGGCGUGUUGUGUGGAAGCACAUACUGAACGUUUACCCCGAUGGCAUGACGGGCCGGGAACGAAUGGAAUACAUGAAAAAGAAAUCAGCUGAAUACUACCGGCUGCGUGACGUUUGGCGCAGUACGAUGCAGCGAGGCAACAUCGUCGGUGAGCUAGCGUACGUGACCAGCAUGGUGCGGAAGGAUGUCCUGCGCACCGAUCGGCUACACCCGUUCUAUGCCGGCAGCGACGACAACCAGAACAUUGCCGCACUGUUCAACGUGCUCACGACCUACGCACUGAACCAUCCGGCCGUUAGCUACUGCCAGGGCAUGUCGGACAUUGCCUCGCCGUUGCUGGUAACGAUGGGCGAUGAGGCACAGGCGUACAUCUGCUUCUGUGCCAUCAUGGAACGGCUCAGCUGCAACUUUAUGCUGGACGGCAUUGCGAUGACGCUCAAGUUUUCCCAUCUCUCCGAAGCGCUCCAAUACUACGAUCCGGACUUUUUCGCCUAUCUGAAGCACCAUCAAGCGGAUGAUUUGCUGUUCUGCUACCGGUGGUUGCUGCUGGAGAUGAAGCGCGAAUUUGCGUUCGAUGAUGCGCUGAGGAUGUUGGAAGUACUGUGGAGCUCACUGCCACCGAUGGCACCGAAGGGAGAGUUGGCACUGUACGAGCGAGAGUAUGAGCCACCGCCACCGGACGAAAGCACGCAUCCACCACCCAGCCAAAGCCCGUCCGUAAUGCUGCGAACACCGCGUGAAAAUCCCUACACAAAGGUGUGUGCCCUUCGACGGCAGAGUUCGGCACUGUCGCUUAGCUCGUCCUGUUGCACCUCAACGAAUCCACUCGCCAAUCCAGCGAGUCGGUACGACCGGUACGGUGGGGUAGGUGUCGGUGGUCGAUUAGAUGCGUCCCGACGGCUCAAUCUAAGCCUGGACGAGAACAUAACGCGUGAAAACAUUUACUCCACAAAGGUGGGACACGUGCAAAAGGUACACCAAAGCUUGGACGAAGCGAAGAUCGCACUGGUGAAGCAGCGGAAGAUUGUGCGAAGCGUUGGCGAUGACGAUAACAUACAGGAAGGGUUCGAAGUGACACAGCCCGGUGCGGUUGUACCGGGCGAGGAUGACAAUGCAACGGAUGUGGAGGACAGUGUAUUCCACUCGCCGCAGCAUCAGUACGUCACGAAAGGCAGCAGCAAAACGAAUCCUUUCAUUGAUGGAUCGAUGGAAAGCGUUUCCACGCAAGAACCGCCCGGGGACGGCAGUGCGGCCGAGUUUAAGCCCGAAUCUUCAACACCCGGCACAAACAGCAGCAGUGCGGCCAGCAGUGUACGAAACUCGCCCGUAAUAGGACGCAGCCGAAGCCUUUUCUCCACCUCAGCCGCCACGGGGAAAAUGAUCGCCCGGCAGUUAAGCAAUCAAAAGAAACAUUUCACCUCCUCCACGGCCGGCGGUGGUUCGAGCGGUGGCACGAGCGGGGUAGGACAUUUCCACGACCUAAAAGAAAAGCUUGCCGCAAGCAGGAAAGGCAUUUUUGCUUCGCUCGACAAAACGCAGCACAGUGUCGAGGGUGGAAAUGCGACGCCGGUGGACGGAUCGGCAACGGCACGAUCGAACCAGCAGGUGGAAAAAUCGAAACCGAAGCUGGUGAAAAAUUUCAACGAGUUCCUUAACUUUGCCGCCAUGAACAAGAGCCGCAUUAGCGAUCGUUUGGUGACGAAAAAGAUGCUCACGCAAAACGCGAACAAUGCCCACAACAGCUGCUCGAUCGAUUCCACCACCAGCAGCUACACGACGACUACGACCGGUGGGAUGGGCGUGGGGGAGGUGUCACGGGACGAUUCAACCGAAACGAUCGAAUACAACGAGCUGAAGCCGAAGCCCGUGAUCAAGCUGACCAAAUCUUCGUUCGAUGAUUCCGAUUCUUCCGCGACGAGCGUCGGCAUGGGGAUGGAUUCGAUGGCAACGACGACGGCCCUGUCGCGAUCCAGCGACAACAGUAGCUUCAUUGUGGACGAUAGUUCUGCUUCCGUGUCGCCCGUACACAUCCGGCGCGAAGAACCGGACCAGUCGGGUGCAAAUGCUCGCCCAACGGAGUUGUUCGUUGUGGCUGGCGCUUCCACCGUAGUUGCGUCCGUCACCGGCGGCGAUGGUAGCAGUCCGGACGAUUCGCAAGAAUACUUCCCGAUGACAACGUCCAUGACGCGGGAACUGCGGCUCGAGCUGGAAAACCUCGAUCGGCACGUUUUCGGGAACGAUUUCCACAGCAAACAGCAACGGUUCUACACGCUUAGCAGUUGCGUCGAUCUGGAAACGCCACCGGAAAGCGGUGACUCGACGAUGGUACCGAUCGAGCCCGAUACCACCGUGCGCAGGGUACCGCUCGCGGCCACUAGCACGACCAUCGCGUACAGCAAGCUCGACAAUAAUGGCAGCAGUUUACCGCGUACGCUCGAGACGGCGACGAUGGAAAUUGAAUCAAUUGAUGAAAUCUGUGAUCGUUCCCCGGGCGAGCAAGGCACCGAGGAGACCAGAAAGGAAACGGAUACGGUGGUACGGUACCGGGAGAAACCGGGUCGACGGCGAACGGGCACGGGCGGUGCGACCGGCAGCAUUGUGAGUGAAAAUCGCGACAGCAAACGCAUCAGCACGUCCAGCGCAAACGUCAGCAGCGAUGUGUUUGUGUGGGAAAACCCGCUGCACCACGUGUGUGGCGACGACGAGGAACAGGUAAGUCCGGCGUCGGGUGGAAUGGUCACGGGCGAGGUGACCCAGAUACAGAAGCGAACGGCCACUACGCCCGACGAACAUCCGGAGCUAGAGUACGAUGGGGAAAUCAUUGAGGAAACGACGCUGGGCAAGAAGUCCGUCACACCGAUACGGUUGGUGAGGAAAAAUGGCGACCGUUCCGUACCCGGGUCGGCGCGAAACUCGAUGAUCUUGCCCGAUUCGUCCGACUCGUCGGAUGAUUCACCGCUGUCGCGAUCGCCGGCAGCGGUCAAGUUUAAGUUUCAUCCAAACAAUCCCUUCUUCGAUGCUGCCUCGAACGCGAUCGAUAACCGACCGACGGCGCUGGUCCAUACGGCCGUGGAUGGUGCCGGCGAUGGGGAACUGUUGGAGCAGGGCACGGAAGCGUCCGGUGUUUCUCCGGUGAACUUACCGGCCACGGAGAGCACUGCUGCGGUUGCUACACACCCGGCAGUAUUAGCUUCACCGACAAUGAUCUCCUCACUUCCACUGGAACCGAGUGCGCUGGAUGUAAGCUUUGGUGAGCCGGGCCCGGAUGGAAGUGGCCCGGUUCCACCUUCCACCACCACCACAAGCACCACCAUUCCCAGCAUGAAGGUGGCGGGUGUUUUGCCACCACCGCAAGAGUUCGGCGGUGGCAAUCCGUUCCUUAUGUUUCUUUGCCUAACGAUACUGCUGCAGCAUCGUGACUACAUCAUGAAGACUGGGAUGGAUUACAACGAGAUGGCGAUGCAUUUCGAUAAGAUGGUCCGCAAGCACAACGUGACCCGGGUGCUUAACCAGGCCCGGCAAAUGUACGCCGAAUAUCGGCGCAUGUACCAGCAGCAAUUGAUGGCGAGCGGGGCCAACGGGGGUGGAUGCGGUAAGGGCAGUUUGCCGGGUUCUGUAUCGAUGAUGGCCAACAGCUACCAUGGGAGCAUGAGCCUGGGCAGUGGUGUUGCCGGGUCGGAUCUACUAGCCCGGAAAGCAUCCGCACCGGAAGUGAGCUCGGCACGUCGAAACACCGGCGGUGAUUUAACGCUCAUGACGUAGUUCGAGCACCCGGCUGUUGGGGUGCAGCGAAUUGUGUUUAUUUGUGUUCCUUUUUACGUACAUUCAUAUACCUCUGAGUUUUAAGACUUUGUUCAAGACGAUUUACAGUGAGAUUUAUGUUUACGGUAUACAAUAAGUACUCACGGGGGGGAGUACUCUAGGUUGGUUCGAUACGAACCUGUCCCUAGUAGCAUCGGGGGUGGUUCAGUUGAUCUCUGUCUCCGAGGUGGACAGUCGAGAGAGCAUGCCGCUAAAACAGGGAUGGGCUGGCAUUUAUAGCUAAUUUUAUUUUUACAAAAAAAACCCAAACGCCAAACGAUUUCCUCCCCCUCUACUCAACUUUUGUUUUUUUAAGUAUUCCUUUUUUUGCAAUUUUUUUAAAAAGUUGAGCAAUGGCAAAAGAAAUGAAUAUCGUGAUAUUUUAAUUAGAGAUACUGCAGCUACCGUGAGAUGGGCGUGGAACGAUGCGCAGAUGUUUUAACUAUUAAGUUCCGGUACGAUUACUAUAAAGGAGGUCGUUGAGACUCAAACUGGGGCGACAUUCUUCCUGCAGAGAAAAACAGACCCCCACACCCACACAAGCACUGGCAGCAACUGCUUCACAUUUAGCUCGCAAAGCAAAAGAGGCCGCAUUGGGACGGCAGCCUACGCUACCGUCACAAAAUUAGUAAACGUAGUCUACAAUUCGCCCCCUGGCAUUGUAUCGCAACACGCGCUCCUCUACACUCACGCUACUAAAAUCCACCGAACUACUAGUACUGGUACUACUUCUGUUGCUGCUGAUGGUUAUAGAUAAAGAAAAUAUGGAGAAGCAAAGAAGCAUAUAAUAGAGGGCGCGAAGUAUUCGCCACCUCUGGGAGCUAUUUACAGUGAGCAGAGCGCAUUGUAGUCUAGAGAUAUUAGUCACGCGUGCAAGCAAACAAGCAGAAACCCCCGCCCAAACACACCCACAGAAGCCUAUUGCAAGCCUGUAGAUAUAGAUAGAACUCAUCCAAUUAUAGUGACUUAAUGUCCCUUUCUGUCGUUCGUGCUCACUUAGGGAGCGGAAGCGGAAAGCACAGUGGCUCAAUAAUUGUCCUAAGUCUGCUCCAAGGAAGCGGCAAUAAGUCAGCCAGCAAGUUGGACUAGACCCAAGCCCCCACCAUAACGAACGGGGACCCCAUUAGUAUCGGCAAGAGUGGACUAUAUCGCUGGACGUGUGUAUCUUUUAUCCAGGAUUUUUGCUUUUUUCAGUGUGAUAGAGAACAAAAGGCUAGGAUAAUGAGGAGGAGAGAUAGAGAAAGGGGAAGACCCGAACCAUUCCAUGCCUGUUGUUGGCUAUGUUGGUUGUUGGACAUGCCCGAUCGGUGUAGGUGAGAGUCGUUUGUUGGUCGGCUCGCGAAAAAGCUGUUGUUGAAGGGCCCAAAAUAAUAUUAUAAAGCAACACCAUCGUUAGCUGUAUUUGAUGUAGGACAAGGACACGCGGCCACACAGAAGAGGAAGAAGGUUUGCUACUUUUGCUGCACCAUUUUCACCGUUCUGUUACUUAGGGCCUUAUUAGAUUUUCUUUACCGAGCACAUGGUCACAAUCUUUCGAAAGCAUCAACUGCGCAGGUGUCAAAAGCUUUUAACCGCACAGCGCCAUUUUCGACUAACGACUUUACUAAGUGCACAAAAGACACAACAGAACGCCUCCGAUCGAAGGUACUAUUUGAUCCGACGAUCGUUUGGAGCGUCUUGAGAAUGUAUAACGAUUUGUAUUGCAAAAUUUAAGGAAAAAACCAAAAGUGUAUCUCAUUCCAUUCUCUCCUUCCCUCUCUCUCUCUCUCUCUCCUUUUGUGCUCAAAACUCAAACGAACCAAAAAAAAGUUACGAAAAAAGUGCAAAAUUAAGGCGUGUGCACUAAAUUGCAGCUACAGUAGAGGACAGGCAGGACGUGUCUUACUUAUUUAAACUGACAGUUAACGCUGGCCGGGCGAUGGAGGCAAAUAACACACACACACAUUUACUCGUUGCGUUCGAGGUUGGAUGGGAAGAUUAAACUUAAUUAAAAACAAAAGUAUUAAGCAAACAACAAAAAAACGGCCCUGCGUAUGGGGGAAGCAACAAAAAACAAAACCGCGCAUCAAUUUUCUCUCAUAAAUACCGUACCAAAACAAGCACAUGAAGAAUUGCAAUAAAAAACAUUCAUUCGGAAGAGAA